GAAUCAUAACAAAAACAGCUGACUGGGAGACCACAGCUGACUCGUCGAAGUAAAUAGACUCAAAUUGACCAAUUAUUUUAAUUAAUUGGGGAACUAAAGCCCCCGAAAAUGCCAGCCCAUUGCGCCGUUGUAAAUUGCAGCCAUAAAUAUGUGCACGCUGGCAGCAUUUCCUUCCACAGAUUUCCCUUCAAACGAAAGGAUCUCCUCCAGAAAUGGAAGGACUUCACCCAGCGGAGUGGUCAGUGGAUGCCAUCCAAAUGGAGUGCGGUGUGCAGUAGGCAUUUCGUUGACGAGGACUUUAAUUGCAGUAACAAUAGAAAAACUCUUAAAAAGAAUGCUGUGCCAUCGAUUAGAGUUUCCGAAGAAGAUUCCCCAAAUUUUCACUUGGAACACGUGUCCCCCAACUGCAGGCCCAUCCACAAACCGACCCUUGCCAGUGCCGCUGAGUCGCCGGCAACAGGUGUUAAGGCCACCUGCCGCUUCUGCGGCUCCUCUGCCACCAACUGCUCCUCGUUCGACAAGAGUUUCGAGCUCUUUGGCAUGAUCCAGAAGUGCUUUCCCACGCUCCAGAUCCUGCAGGACGACACCUUGCCCAAGGAUAUAUGCAAGGAGUGCUGCCUGCAACUGGAGCGCUUUUCCCAGUUUAUCGAUGUGGUGAUGGUGGCGCAGAGUGAAUUGCAGAAGAAAUACCGUCGCCAGCUGAAGAUCAAGCAGGAACCAUUUGUCCGCGUGAAGCAGGAGGCCUGCGAGAGCCUGGACAAUCUGUUUCCCGACGAACUGGAUAUGGGCUUGGAGCAGGACGAGGGCUGCGAUCAGGAGGAAACAGAGCAAAAGUUCCAAUUCUGCGAUUUUCCCAUGCUAAAUUCGCAGGACAUUAUCAACAAUUGUGAUAUCAUGGAGAUUAUCAAUUUGGAUGAUCCGUUUAUCAAUAUACCGGACGAUGCAGAUGUUGGGCAGUCGGAGAGAACGCAACCUGGAAGGACGGCCAAUGAAAUGCUGCAAACUGAGCUGCUUACCGAAGAGCACAACUAUGCCAAAGAGGAAUGGCAAUUGCCACCGCAUCAGUACAAAACGGAGAAGGUGGAGGGAGCAGAGGCUGCUCCGGACACGGCUCCUCCGCCUGCUGAACCACCUCCCAUUCAGGAUUUGAUACCUUCUCUAUCCGCUCCCGAAGCUCGUUCCUGCAAACCAAUUGUGACCAAUGUUAGCCAGAUACCGAAUCCUUUGAUCUGCGAACUGCUGCCACAACCUGCGCCUCCAACUUCAGUCAAACCCAACAUUGUGGUGCUCAACGAUAGUGUGGUGGAAUCUUCAGCAGCCUUCCGGCUGCACAACUGCACCUUGUGCACUGCUAAAUUCAUAACUAUAGAUAGCUUAAAUCAGCACUAUAACCAUAGUCACAAUAAUACCACUCCCAUGGUCAGCGUUCCUCCAAUGAAUAUAAGCUUGCCCAGUUUGACGAUGAACCCCCCGAUGAAACUGGAGGGUCACAGAGGAUUUGUGGCAACUGAGCAAUUGGAUUACUGGCAGUCCGAGUGGCAGAAUAGCCCUGUGUCCACGCAACCAAGAAAAAAGAUUGAUAUUCUGGAUAUGCAGAGCAGUUUCUUGCAUCACAAAGAUCUCAUACCCACAGCAACUCAGCUAGCAGCACCUGCUCCUGAUCCUCAACUGGCUGCAGUGACCGCUAACUAUGCUAAACUGGCAGUUAGAUAUCGCAAAUUGCAGCUAAAAUGCAAAAGUAUGAGAACCCCUAGAAAAAGGCGUAGAAAAACCUUUAUUUGCCGGAUGUGCAGAAAGGGAUUUCCCAGUUUUAGGAAGUUACACCACCACCGUCGCUUAAAGGAGCACUUUGUAAGGUUAAUACCUAACUUUUCCGGUCGUUGUUCUGGUUGCUUGAAGUUCUUUCGAUCCCGCUUGGGCCUUCGCCAGCACAUGCGUUACAUUUGUCAAUCGCUGUCGCUCAAAAAUCAUCGGCGCCUGCAGAGCUUCAAGUGCCGCUACUGCCAGGCCAUCGCCUUUGCCCACUGGCGCCUGUAUCGCCGUCAUGAACUCAAUUGCAGACUUCGAAAAUCCAAAAUGAAGGUCCAGAUAGCAACUAAUUCAAAAAAGAAACUCAUACCCGCCCAGAAUUUUGAGUGCAAUAUUUGUAAAAAGGCAUUUGGAUCGCUGAAUGGACUUCGCCAACAUAAUAUUACCCACUCGACGGAACGGCAGCACAAGUGCGGCAUCUGUGAGCGUGUUUUCAAGCGGCGCAACGGACUAUCCCAACACAUUAAGGGCUACCACCUGCAGCUCAAGCCGCACGAGUGUCCCGUCUGCCAGCAUCGCUAUGCGCUGAAAUGUGAUAUGUUGAGGUGCAGGCAUUCCCUUCGAAAAGGGCCAACUGCCGGGGAGUAACUGGAGUCCAGGAGAUGACUGACAAAUGGACAAGGAAUAGCCUACCGAGUAGAAGAUUUGCUAGUUCAAUUGCUCCGAUGUUUUGGAUCCUCUAUUAACACGUGGAUCCAUGAAACACCAUCGUGUGUAUAACUCUGGAUUUCCAUGUCAGCACUAAGCAUAAAGUCACUCCAUGUGGUACUUAGUUGGUGGUCUCGCACUGAAACCAACAAGGUGAUGAAAAGGUCGCAGCAGGAAUAAAAUUGCUUCUAGCCAAGGGCGCUGGUGAUAAAGUCUUCCAUGUAUCUACAUAUUUGAAAAGCGCUUGACUGAUGAAAAACAAGGCUUAACACUUUAAAGGGCACAACAAAUAAAAAAGCUUUAAACUUUACGAUUUUGUAAGGCGGUUUAACAAAACAAUAAAAGAACAUUAAAAUAAUUUUGUAUUAUAUACAUUUAUUUAUUUAAAUUGCAGUAUAAGUUUGUAUUAAACGCUCUCUAAAAGUACGUGUAUUUUCUUGUGUAUUCGCAUUAAACGCAUUAGUAUUGCUUUAAUUGCUUACUUUAAUCGUGAAAUACUGAAAUCGAAACUUAAUUAAAUAUUCCACAUAAUCCAACUUGAUACAACUGAAACUAAGAUUGAAUGCCAACGUAGAUUUAGUAUAUACAAAGAAGGUUGAAUUUCACAAUUUGAUGUGCUUAACAUAACUAUCGAUUUCUUUUUCUUUAAACAAAAAUUAAAACAGAAAAUAAUAAUGGCACUACAAGUAAAAAUCGUAAAGUAAAAGAAACAUACAUUUUGAACAACCGUCAAGGGAAACGUAAUUCAACAAAGAAAUUUUGCGCAACACCAAACAAUAAAA